UUGUCUGUGUACUGGUAUCGGUUCACGCCGUUCAUUGAAGCCAACCAAGAUAGAUACAGGAGGUUGGGGAAGUCGAGCACCUGCUUACGAAAGUUUAGGAAUUAAUAGAAAUAGCCUGCAACAGUUGAAUGUUUACAAAUUCCAUAAAAAGUCACACGGAUUUCAAAGAAUUGGUCUGCAAAAUUGCAAGAAUUUCAAAGUGUAAAAAUCCGGUCAUAAAUAAUGGAUACAAUAAGUUGAUGUUGCUGAUGGUAACUGGAAAGACAACAAGACGACCUGUACCAGGAACAUGUUUUAAUUUGUUCUCAUUAAGAUACAAACCUCGGGUAAAGAAAUAAACCUGUUGUCAUGGGUGAAACACCAAGGGAGGUUACUCUGGUAUUACGUCAUCGCUAGCGGUCAGCAUGCAUAUUGGAUUACAGACGUGUUCAAGACCUCAAUGAAAUUUAAUAUCCUUGUAAAUCUGGACAACAACUCAGCGUCUUAUCUUGUUCACUACAACUGGAGGUAUUUACAAACCCAUAAAUAUUUCACCCGGAAGCACGCAUGUGCAUCGUUUUUAUGUCUGUAAUGUGUGAAAUGACGGAUGGUUGGCGAUCUGGAAAAGUAAUAUUCCAUGAAAAUCUGAAAGUGGUUAAAAUUGAACAUUAAUUCUUGAGAGAGGUAUUAAGGGGCGUUUCUGUGUCUGCGUGUAUCUACUUAAUUCCUUCACCACUGACCGAUAGCGAAACGAACGUGCAAGUAUCUCCACGACUUAUAGUGUACACACGUGAACGGGCGCUUAUCAGAAUCACAAGUGAUAAGGGAAAUACCCUGCACAAAUUUUCACACAUAAAUGAUUUGUUAACAGAACUGCACGGUCCACGGAAGUGAUAAGAUUUUAAUCGGGUUUUAUACAUGUUUAACAGCCAAGUAGGCUAUAUUUCAUCUCCUAAAAUAUGAUAGGACGCUAACAUUUCUUGUGGGUGUUUUGUAAAAUUGUGAUUCGCGAUUCGCAGGAUUUUAAUUGGAUUUAGCUGAAUAAUUGAUUUAAAAUUGUUUCAAACACCAUUUCGUUUUUUAUAUUCAAUUUCGCGAUUUCAUCUGCAACGGAGCAAUUUGAGUUUUAACACAAAUUUCAUUGAGCCUAAUAUCAAAUAGGCGUAGUAGGCGAGCAUUUUCGACAACCUGAACGCAAACAAUUUAAUUUACUUAUCACAGUUAACAAGGAUACAAAAUUAUACCCCGGAAACUGGAAAGGAAAAUGGCGGUGAAGUGUUUUGUGGUCCUUUCUGUUUUAAACUUGAUUCCAAUUCUUGGACUUUUACUCAUGGUGUCGAGUAGUUCCAUCAAAUUCCGGGAAAAAUGUGAAAAAAUACGGAUUCCAAUUUGUGCCAAUAUCUAUGAAAACAAUCUGACAAAUUUGCCUAAUUUAUUUGGAAUUAAUGGACAAGAAGACAUAGAAUCGAAAAUAAUUUACUAUUUAACAGUUGUUAAUGAACUGAAGUUAAAAUAUUUCUUAUGUUCUUUAUAUCUGCCGCCAUGUUUGUUGUCAACGUCGACAUCAUUGUUGCUACCAUGUCGUUCUACGUGUCAUAUUGCACGUGAGGCGUCGAUACAUAGACUCAGUGCACGUGGAUUAAGAUGGCCGUCUGAGCUGCAAUGUCACAAUUUUCCAACAGAAAACUGCUUAAACGUGACAGAUAAUGGAAAACUCCAUUUUGUGGAAAAAUCACUUCAAGCCGAUAAAAAACAAUGGCGGAUUGACAACACACCAGAUGACGUGGCAUCGUUAGAGGCGGAGCUAGGUGAUAGUAAUGAAUAUUCAUUAGAGAUAGUUGAUGAACGUAGCAGUGAUAUACCUAGACGUCGCUAUGAUGUUGUAGAACUGGGACAUGAAGAGUAUUUUAGGGGCUGGGCUGAUGUACAAGGUGUAGGAGCUGCCAAUGAUUACUGUCGAGUUAUAGGCCGAGGUAAAAGAAAGUUUUUAUCGUGUGUAUUGGCUGGAAGUACGGGACAAGAUCAUUAUUAUGUCUCAGCACUAGGUUUUCAGCCUGGUUAUUCGAAUACCUGGUUCAUGAGAGAUGUCGAUAGUGACGGUCGAGAUGAUUACUGCAGGUGUGUCGGAAAACCAGAAAAUUCCAGAAUGUCUUGUAUGAAGGCAGGGGAACAUGGAUUCUACGGAAGUCCUGUUCAAGGCGGAAGUCAGUUCAGCUUUGACCUCCCCGGAUCGUCUGGAUGUCAUAACAAAAAACUGAAUCCCUUAUUUGGGGCAUAAUGUUUCACGACAGAAGUACAUUUAUUUUAGUUUGUAAUAAAAACCCUUUUUUUAACAAA